AUGGACCAGGAAAUACAACUACUAAAAGAAGAAAUAAAACAAUUGAAGGAACUGAUUGGACGACAACAAAAGAACUCCGUUUUCACAGCAACAGAGUGUACGACAACACUCAGGACACCAACGCUUGUUAUUUUCCAAACCACAAGGCAAAUAACCAAUAACAACAACAAUAACACCAAUAGCAACAACGUUAACAACAAUAACAGUAACAAUAAAAAUAACAACAACAAUAACACCAAUAGUAACAUCAAUAACAAAAACGUUAACAACAAUAACAGUAACAAUAAAAAUAACAACAACAAGGAAAACAACAUCAAUAGCAACAUCAUUAAUAAUAACGUUAAAAACAUCAACAAAAAUAACAUCAACAACGACAACAAAAGCAACAGCGAGAAAAACGGCAUUAACGAAAUCAAUAACAAAAUCAACAGCAACAAGAGCUACAAAAACAACAUUGUAAACAGUAUAAACAACAAUAAUAACAGUAACAACAACAUAAUUAAUAACGAGAUAAUAGAAAUAAGUAGCGACGAAGAGAUCGAGUCUUACGAGGUAAACAUCCCCGAGAAAGUACCAGUAAAGAAGACAAGAAGAAAACCUGGACAAAAGAGGAUAUACCCAAUAUCAACGGUUUGGACAGAACCAGAAACAAUAAAAAGAAGAAAAAAGUAUGGUAAGUUAUGGAUUUAUAUAACGAUUCCAGAAACAAGCAGUAAAAUAGACCAGGAAAUACAACUACUAAAAGAAGAAAUAAAACAAUUGAAGGAACUGAUGGGACGACAACAAAAGAACUCCGUUUUCACAGCAACAGAGUGUACGACAACACUCAGGACACCAACGCUUGUUAUUUUCCAAACCACAAGGCAAAUAACCAAUAACAACAACAAUAACACCAAUAGCAACAACGUUAACAACAAUAACAGUAACAAUAAAAAUAACAACAACAAUAACACCAAUAGUAACAUCAAUAACAAAAACGUUAACAACAAUAACAGUAACAAUAAAAAUAACAACAACAAGGAAAGCAACACCAAUAGCAACAUCAUUAAUAAUAACGUUAACAACAUCAACAAAAAUAACAUUUCGAUAGUAGCAACUACAACGAUAACAACAUAG